AUGGCUUUCCAGAGCCCCGACAUCUUGUUGGGCUACCGCCUCUGGCUCCAACAGCCAACAGCCACAGCCACUCAACUCUCGUCAAUAAUCACGCAAACAGACAUGAAGAUCACACCCCUUCUCUUCCUCGCGGCCAGCCUGGCGCAGGCCUCGACCAACACAACAGACCCCGACUUCGACCUCAACAAGCGCGGCAAAGACGACGACACGAAAUGCCUCGUCCGCCAACUCACCAUGGGCUGUGCCCCCUGGGACUCGAUCAAGCGACCCAAGACCGGCGGCGCCGAGUUCAUCAUCAGUCAACAGACCCGGCCGGGCGGUCCACAUCGUUUCAAAACGAUUUCCAAGUGCAUCAACACCUCUGUCCAACCGGAAUUCUACCAGGCAUUCCGACCGGAUACGUGGGGCUGCACCGUGGCGACGAAGAAGGAGGCGCCGGAUCGCGAUAAUAAGUAUCUUGAUGGAGGUCCGCCCAAGGAUAAGAACCUCUUGACGAAUUUCAACCAUCUGGUCUUCUUCAGUGAGCCGGGGUGUCCGCCGGCGAAGCGGUUUCCGCAUGUGAAGGUCAAGUUGGUGCCGUUGGCGGGUGUAGAUAGAGAUGGGUUCUGCACCAGAGGGUUUGACGUUGCGACCGAGGGGGCGGGGAGCUUUGCGUUUGCUAUGAUUUAG